AUGAAAACAAACGAAAACCAAGAAAAAGUACAUACUGAGAAGAAAAAUAAAGAAUCGGAUAAAAAACAAGAACCAAGAAUGCCAAAUAUUAAAGUGUUUACUGGGUGCUCACACCCUGAAAUUGCAACAGAGAUUGUCAAGCGCCUCGGUAUCGACUUAGGGAGAGCCACCACCAAGAAGUUCAGCAAUAAAGAAACAAAUGUCGAAAUUGGAGAAUCUGUAAGAGGUGAGGAUGUGUAUAUCGUUCAAAGUGGAUGUGGAGAAAUAAACGACAACCUAAUGGAACUACUAAUCAUGGUUAAUGCCUGCAAAAUAGCAUCAGCUUCUCGUGUAACAGCAGUUAUACCGUGUUUCCCCUACUCGAGACAAGACAAGAAAGAAAAAAGCCGUGCGCCUAUUACAGCUAAACUACUUGCAAAUUUAAUUUCGGUAUCAGGAGCAGAUCAUGUAAUUACUAUAGAUUUACACUCAUCCCAAAUCCAAGGUUUCUUCAACAUUCCUGUUGAUAAUCUGUACGCUGAGCCGGCUAUAACGAAAUGGAUAAAAGACAACAUUCCAGAAUGGAAGAGCAGCGUUAUGGUAUCACCAGACGCAGGUGGCGUGAAGAGGAUGACUUCUAUCGCUGACAAUCUGGACAUAGAUUUUGCUAUCAUCCAUAAAGAGAGACAGAGAGCUAAUGGCGAAGAAUCAACUGUAUUAGUUGGAGACGUAAACAACAGAACGGCAAUUAUGGUUGAUGAUCUAGCGGACACAUGUGACACUAUAUUAAAAGGGGCGGAAAAACUCAAGGAAGCUGGUGCAAAUAAAAUUUACGCCAUUUUAACACACGGAGUGCUUGCAGGAAACGCUAUUGAUAAAAUUAAUAAUUCGUGUUUAGAAGCCUUAGUUGUCACUAAUACAAUACCGCAAGAAAAAAAUAUGAAAUUGUGUCCUAAAUUGCAAACUAUUGAUAUUUCGGUGAUGUUAGCUGAAGCUAUAAGACGCAUUCAUUAUGCUGAAUCUGUCUCAUAUUUAUUUUCAAACGUUCCUUACUAA